GCGGCCGGGGGGAGCGGCGGCUCCGCCGGAGGGAUCCUGGUCGCCGCCUCCAUCACUGCGCUUUACUCGCUGAUCUGCGUGGUGGGACUGCUGGGAAACGUGCUGGUCAUGUACGGGGUGGUCAGGUACACGAAGAUGAAGACGGCCACCAACAUCUACAUCUUCAACCUGGCGCUGGCCGACGCGCUGGCCACCAGCACGCUGCCGUUCCAGAGCGCCAAGUACCUGCUGAACACGUGGCCGUUCGGGCCGCUGCUCUGCAAGCUGGUGCUGGCCAUCGACUACUACAACAUGUUCACCAGCAUCUUCACGCUCACCAUGAUGAGCGUGGACCGCUACGUGGCCGUGUGCCACCCCGUCCGGGCGCUGGGCUUCCGCACGCCGGCCAAGGCCAAGAUGAUCAACAUCCUGAUCUGGGUCUUGUCCUCCGUCAUCGGCGUCCCCAUCAUGGUGAUGGCCGUGACCAAGGUGGCCGAUUCUGGUAAAACGUCGUGCAUGCUGGACUUCCCGGCCCCGGACUGGUACUGGGACACGGUGACGAAGAUCUGCGUGUUCAUCUUUGCCUUCGUGGUGCCGGUGCUGGUGAUCACCGUGUGCUACGGCCUGAUGAUCCUGCGUCUGCGCAGCGUCCGGCUGCUCUCCGGCUCCAAGGAGAAGGACCGGAACAUGCGGCGCAUCACGCGCAUGGUGCUGGUGGUGGUGGCCGCCUUCAUCGUGUGCUGGACGCCCAUCCACAUCUUCAUCAUGGUGCGGACGCUGGUGCAGGUGGACACGCGGCACCCGGCCGUGGUGGCCGCCUGGCACCUGUGCAUCGCGCUGGGCUACACCAACAGCAGCCUCAACCCCGUCCUCUACGCCUUCCUGGACGAGAACUUCAAGCGCUGCUUCCGGGACUUCUGCCUGGGCUGCCGGACCCGGGCCGGGGCCGGGACCGGGACCGGGGCCGGGACCGCGGGAAGGGACAGCCGGGACAGCCGCAACACCAACACCCGCGAGCCCCAGUCCGUCUGCGGCCACGCCGGGCCGGCUCCGCCGGGGGGAGGGAGGAACACGUGACUAGGGAUGGACCGGGUCCCCCGGACCGGGCCCAGGGGGAACCAGGACCACCAGGACCUGCAGUCCGAGGUCACGCUCGUCUCCACCACCGAGUUUUAACGGGGCGGAAAUUGUUCCAAUUCGGCUAAAAAUCCCAGAGAAGUA